AUGUGCCUGCAAGAGUACAGCACCGUUCCCAUAAUCAUAGGCUCAGAGGCUGUCUUCGUGCCAGAAAACGAGAGGGCAUUUCCCGAGCUCACCCACGAAUGGAAAUGCUAUGUCAAGGCCACCCCGGGCGUUCUCAAGACUGUCCAGUUCAGACUCCACGAGUCCUUCAAAAACCCAUACAUCAACGUGCUGCAGGAGCCGUUCCAGAUAUCCGAAAAGGGAUGGGGAGAGUUCACAAUACAAAUAAAAAUAAUACUGUUCAACAACGAAAAGAUCAACACCAACCACUACCUGAAGCUGCACGGCAGCACCUACCCCCUAGUAUCUGAAAGGGUGGAUACGAUUGCCUAUAAAGGAGAGGCCGUACCCAUAGAUCCGGGGUACAUGUUCGAGUAUGUCGACGACGACGAGGAGUACAAAAGGAUUGACGAGGGCAUAAACUACAUGCUUGAGCUGCUUGAGGACCGAAAAAACAAGUAG